CCUAUUUGAUUGUAAUAUUAUAACAUGUGGCAAUUUUGAGACACUGUUAUGAACUGAUCUUGAGUACAGAUAUGGGCAAGGGGAAGGAAAAGGAUGAAGGUGAUGGCACCACUCACGAGAGGAUCAUUCUAUGGGAUGAGGAUCAAACUAAAUUUAUGCUUGGUUGGUUCAUUGACUACAUAAAGGAGCAGCAUGCUGGUUUCAAGAUAAAAAAACAGCAUCACUUUAAGUGUUCAGAAGCAUUGAACAGGCAGUUCAAUAUGGGGGUAACUGCUACUCAAGUUGAGAGACAUUUCAGACAUUAUAAGGAAAAUUGGAAGUUCAUUAGAACAGCUUUAAGCAAGAGUGGUAACACAUUUGACACCUCAAGAUCUAUGGUUAUCAUAUCUGAAUCAGAGAAGGCUAACCUACAGGUCAGGGCAAGAAGGCUCCUGACCAAGCCCAUCAAAUUCUUCAAUGAAAUGCAGGAACUAUUCCUUAACAGCAGUGCUGAUGGUUCUCUUGCCAUGGACGCCAACACUUGUAUGAAUGAGACACAAGCUGAUGAAGAUAAUGAUUAUGAUGAUGACGUAUGCAAUGACUUGUCCAGCUAUGCUCCACCUGAAGAUAAUCUAGGUGAUGAUUCAGACACUUUACCUUCCCCUAUAAGUGGACAGCCCAGCAUAGCAUCCCAAGUGGCUGAGCAAAGCUCAUCUAGCUCGGGAGUCAAGCGUCUAAGAAGUGAGGGAAAAGCACCCAAGAGAGAUGUGAGACCAAAGAGCCGCAUGUCUAGGGUAGGAGAUGCAAUCACGUCUACUUUAGUGGAACUUCAAAAUGAAAUCAAGAAGCCACCACCACCUCCACCACCUAUGCGCAGCUCUGAUGAUAUAUUAUGGCAAAGACUUGAGAACAUGACUUUAACUACUGACCAAAAGCUGAUGGUAGGAACAUUUCUAGCAUCCAAAGAACAAAAGAGAAUGCGUAGUUUGUUAUCAGGCUCAUCCGAGGUAACAUUUCAGUCAUGGAUUUUCAAGUUUCUUACUGAUUCGGGGCUGUGA